AGUGCCCGGCCAUCGUGCCCCGCUGCAUGUGGGGUGCCCGUCCCUACCGGGGCACCCCAAAACCAUUGACCCUCCCCUUGGGCUCCGUCUACAUCCACCACACCUUCGUACCCAGCGCGCCGUGCCGCACCUUCACCGCCUGCGCCCGCGACAUGCGCAACAUUCAGCGCUUCCACCAGGACACCCGCGGCUGGGACGNNNGCGCUUCCAGCUUCCUGGUGGGCUCGGACGGGUACCUGUACCAAGGCCGGGGUUGGCACUGGGUUGGUGCCCACACCAAAGGCUACAACAGCAAAGGCUACGGCGUUGGCUACGUCGGAAACUUCUCGGAUGCUUUGCCGGACCCUGACACCAUCGCCCUGGUGCGGGACGAGCUCCUGCCCUGCGCCGUGCGCACCGGACGGCUUCACCGUAACUACACCCUACGUGGCCACCGCCAGAUGGGUCGCACCGACUGCCCCGGUAACUCCCUCUUCCGGGAGAUUGAGACCUGGCACGGCUUUGAGGUGAGCACCAAGGCGGCAUCUCCGGGGGUCGGAGGUUUGACACCCAGCUUUGGGGUCUGGUGUCCG